GGGGCUUUGAACUGCCCGUCCCCCCCCCCACCCCCCACCCCUCCCCGCCUUGUACAAUCGCGUCCCCACUUAAAAAUGCGUUCGAUGCGCAACACGCAUUCGCACUUUGAUGUGGUCCGCGUCAUCGCUUUGCCGCGAUCUCUCCCUCCGCAUCGUCUGCUGCGUGUGUGUGUUUCGGUGGAAGACGUAGCGGGGCGGGGGACGGCGUUUGAACUUAUCAGCGGGGUCCCGGAGCAAUUCCUCUGCGAGGACUGCAUGAACGGUCGUGCGCCACGGUACGGCGAAAUUGUCUGGGCGCGUCUCCCCCCUCGCCUCCACCACAAAGUCGCCUCCCGCCUGCACGAGCUCACGACCUCCCUGGCGCUGCUCCAACACGCCUUCCCUCCCCUCGACACGGUGGACGCGCUGCUCGGAAUGCGCUGGUGGCCGGGGGAGAUCCUGCACAGUCGUUCCCUGUGUCCGGCCGAGGUCGCUGAGGUGGCCACCGAGCACAGCGACUACUACGACCUGGCCAAGCACUCGUCCCGCCUGGGAUUCUUCCCCGUGCGCCUCUUCGGUCUCUACACGGCGACGCCCUUCAACGGCAUCGAUCCAAAACACGUUCCAGCUGGCGAGGAGGGCAAAAAGUCGUUCCCGGUGUGCCUCUGGACCACCCGGUCUCGUGUGUUCCCCUACGAGGAGGGUGAUGAUGACAGAGACACGAGCAGCAACAGUGACGCCGACACCGAUGCCUCCUCCUCUUCCUCCCCCUCUUCAUCUUUCUCGGCGUCAGGGCAAGUUUCGUUCAGUAUUCCAGACAAUUGGACGGUUACUCAAUCCACUCAUCAUCUGUCGGUCAUUUGUGUCACAACCGAAAAGGAGAGUUUGUUGGCGUCUUUUACGUCAGGGAACCGGUGUGCGAUCAGAUCAUGCUGUGCGCCUUUUACAAGUCCAGGUUUUCCUAUGCCGUUAGGCGUAUGA